AUGCUUCUCAACGAAGUCAUUCCUUUGCUUGUACAGUACUGGCCUGUCGUGCUGGUGUCAGUUGUUGUCGGGCACUUGAUACAUAACAAGUUCUGGAAUGGACUGCACAAGCAUCCAGGUCAUUGGCUAGCAGCGUACACAAACUGGUGGAGGUUUUGGGACGUCUGGGGGAGAAAGCAUGAAUGGACCAUCAUUCGACUUCACCGCGAGCACGGUGAUAUUGUCAGACUUGGUCCCAAUGUGUUGUCGUUUGCAGACCCACGGGCUAUCAAGAUAAUCUACGGCUUGAACAAGGGGAUGGUCAAGUCCGAUUUCUACCCCGUUCAGAACGCCGUGUCCAAAGGUCGACGUCUGCAAUCCCUCUUCUCCACCACCAAUGAGGACUACCAUGCAAAGUACCGCCGCUGCGUCAACAAUGCCUUCGCCAUGAGCUCGCUGGUCAACUACGAGCCCCUCGUCACCUCCACCCUGAGCGUCUUCCUCGACAAGACCGAGCAACUGUACGCCAGCACGAGCAAGACCUGCAACUUCAGCCAAUGGCUCCAGUACUUCGCUUUCGACGUCAUCGGCGACCUGACCUGGAGCAAGCGCCUCGGAUUUGUCGAGGAGAACCGCGACGUCGACGGCAUCAUCGCCUUCCUAGGCAAAUUCCUCAGCUACGCGGGCCCCAUCGGCCAGAUGCCCAUCCUCGACCUGAUCCUCGAGAAGAACCCAAUCCGCCUCUUCGCGCAGCGCAUCGGCCUCAGCAAUACCGUCUUCCCCGUCACCCUCUUCGCCCAGACCCGCUCCAACGAGCGCGCAGGCGAGAUCCAAAAGAUCAAAGCCUACGGCGUGCCCGACGACCAGUCAAACCCGCGCGGCGUCGACCUCCUCACCAAGUUCGCGCAGGCCGCGCACGACCACCCAGAAUUCAUGACGGACACGCAGGUGCUCGCCUCCUGCACAUCCAUGGUGUUCGCGGGCUCCGAAACGACCGCCAUCUCCCUCUCCAGCGUCUUCUACUUCCUCCUCAAGCACCCGCGCGUCUACGCGAAGCUCAUGCACGAACUCGACUCCGCCGUGGCGGACGGCACCAUCGAAUCCCGCGCCAACCGCACCGUCUCGUGGUCCGAGUCCCAGCGGCUCCCCUACCUCGACGCCGUGAUCCAGGAGUCCUUCCGCGUGCACCCGGCCGCGGGCCUCAUCCUCGAGCGCAUUGUCCCGCCCCAGGGCAUCGACGUGCUUGGAACCUUCGUCCCCGGCGGCACCAUCGUCGGCUGCAACGCGUGGGUCCUGCAUCGCCGGCCCGAGGUCUUCGGCCACGACGUCGAUGCCUUCCGCCCCGAGCGCUGGAUCGACGCGUCUCCAGAGCAGCUCAAGCUCAUGAAGGCGACUAUGUUCCAGUUCGGCGCCGGGGCCAGGACCUGCAUUGGCAGGAACAUCAGCUUACUCGAGGUGUACAAGUUGGUGCCUAGUUUCUUGAGGCGGUUCGAGAUCGAACUCGAGCGCCCAGACAGCGAGUGGAAGACACACAACGCGUGGUUCGUGCGGCAGACGGAGUUCAACACGCGGUUCAGGCCCCGCAAGGCUCCUCCUUCCUCCAUCUGA